GCGCUGUGUAUCUGUACCUCUAGGUACUAUCUGUUGCGCGCCGAGCGCGGUGGACGCGCCACGAUCGCGCCGCACUCGCAACACGCGCCCGCCCGCCCUACACGGCACACGCAACCGUAAACAAAUUACUGCGCAACCGUUGUCUAAUAAAUCACCAUAUUGUGAGACGUUACUCCACUCCAGCUUUCAAUACUCUAGUGAUUUAUGAGUUUAAGUGACUUUUGUUGCCGUUUGACAGUGAACCAGCGUUAAGUGUGAAGCCGGGGGUAAACGGCCCGACAGCCACCCACGGACUGUAGUAUUGCCGUAGUAAACCCGCCAGACUUGCUCACUGGAUUGUAACCGAAACAAUAAAAUAUACCAACAAUGGAACGAACUUUGGACGACAUCUUCCGGAAAUACAACACGAACAUAGGUGUAUUGGAGGCGCGGUGAGAGGGCAUGGAGGGCGCGGAGGAGCACGAUGACCCGUUGGACUGGGAGGCAUUGUACCUUCGCUUGCCGGUGCAGAACUUCACAUGGAACACCAGCGAAUGGGACCCGAACAACUGGAAUACCACAAUCGUGCCCAACGCGACAUGGUGGGAGACAUCCGCGCCCUUCGACUCUCCCGCAGCACUCGUACGCGCCGCUGCCAAAGCAAUCGUUCUCGGCUUACUCAUACUUGCUACUGUAGUCGGUAACGUAUUUGUGAUAGCAGCUAUUCUAUUGGAACGACAUCUACGCAGCGCUGCGAAUAACUUAAUCCUAUCACUAGCUGUGGCAGACUUACUGGUGGCAUGUCUUGUGAUGCCAUUAGGGGCAGUAUAUGAAGUGGCACAGAGAUGGACUCUUGGACCAGAGUUGUGUGAUAUGUGGACAUCUGGUGACGUGCUCUGCUGUACUGCUUCCAUUCUACACCUGGUGGCCAUUGCUCUUGAUAGAUAUUGGGCUGUGACAAAUAUAGACUACAUUCACGCACGAACAGCUCGUCGUGUCGGCCUUAUGAUAGCUUGUGUGUGGAUCGUGAGUUUCUUCGUGUGCAUCGCGCCACUACUUGGUUGGAAAGACCCUGAUUGGAACCGACGCGUAUCCGAAGACUUACGCUGCGUCGUCAGUCAAGACGUUGGCUAUCAAAUUUUUGCGACUGCCUCUUCGUUUUAUGUGCCAGUAUUAAUAAUUCUAAUACUGUAUUGGCGGAUAUACCAAACAGCCAGGAAGAGAAUACGCCGACGGCGAGGUGCGACAGCGCGUGGCGGAGUUGGACCACCGCCAGUACCCGCAGCCGGAGCUCUGGUGGCCGCCGGAGGCAGCGGUGGCAUUGCAGCGGCGGUCGUAGCUGUCAUCGGUCGACCGCUGCCGACUAUUUCGGAGACCACAACAACAGGUUUCACAAACGUUUCUUCGAAUAACACCAGCCCCGAGAAACAAUCGUGCGCCAACGGCCUCGAAACUGAUCCUCCGACCACGGGCUACGGAGCCGUCGCAGCGGCCUAUUACCCAACAUUGGUGCGUCGCAAGCCUAAAGAAGCGGCAGAUUCCAAACGUGAAAGGAAAGCGGCUAAGACAUUAGCAAUAAUAACAGGUGCGUUCGUCGCAUGUUGGCUUCCGUUUUUCGUGCUAGCCAUACUAGUGCCGACAUGUGACUGUGAAGUGAGUCCGGUGCUGACGUCGCUGUCGUUGUGGCUGGGCUACUUCAACUCAACGCUGAACCCAGUGAUCUACACAGUGUUCAGCCCUGAGUUCCGGCACGCGUUUCAGCGGCUGUUGUGCGGACGCCGCGUGCGCCGUCGCCGCGCGCCGCCGUAGUCACCCCAACUCCUGCCCCUUGACCCCACCACCUGACUGACCUUCUCUAGUUCGAAACAUACUUAUGUUACCUUGUUACAUUUUCAGAGAUAUAUUUACACCUCUUUAUUUUUUGUACGUGAUAAAUGUGAAUAUGAAAACCUCUCUAGUAAAUAAAUCACAAAUUCUCUUUGAA